UAGUGCGCUCGUAUUUAUUCGGUGGAAAUAGCCGCGACGACACGUCCGUCGACGCCAUCGGCCGCCGCGGCCUCGUAUCGCGCACCACGGCCUCCGGCCCUCCUUUUCUCCUCUCCCCUGCGCCACCGUCCGCUGGUUGGUUUUAAGAGUAACCUGAGAUUUCUGGUUGGUUAAGAAGAUUGUUUCUACAAAGUAUGAGAAAGGGUCGAGUUAGAUGGAAUGAAGCAAACUUGGUUGAGAUUGAAGAAAAUAAACCAGUGAGGCAAAAGAUAACGGAGCCUAAGACACCUUAUCACCCUAUGAUUGAUGACGACGGUUCUCUGUCACCAAGACGUACUUUUGAUGCAUGCUUGGAUAAUUCUGCUCAUGCAGAAGCCCUAAUGACCGCUUUGAAUGAUGUGGCUUCUUCAAGCAAAAGUUCCAAUGGGGGUUGGACAUCUUCUGAAGAUGAAACUGAUGCCAUGGAGCAAGAUGAUGAUUCUGAAGAGGAUGUUGCAAGGUUAAGUUUCAAGGAGCACCGGAAAGCUCAUUAUGAUGAAUUCCAUAAGGUCAAAAAACUCUUGCGAGUGGGAUCACUUGUAGUUGAUGAGGAUGGCGAAGGCAACAGUAGCCAGCUAAACAGCAGAGAGAGAGGCAACUCAACUCUGAAUGGAGUGAAGGCAUCUAACUCCUGUGAAAUUCCAAAUUCCGUGGCAAACAAGCCAAACAAUGGAACUGCAUCCCCUGUGUGAUGCGGCCCGCUGUUUAAUAGUCGCAAACGAGCCUUUUUAUUGCUUCUGCUGCAAUGGGAAAAAGUACCGACCAUGACUCCUUGCGGUUCUCCAAAUUCGAGUAUAACAUGGUCGAUUCUCUAGCUUCCUUCCCACAGCAAUAGCUGGAGUAAAAUAGCUUUAGUCUCUUUUCACAACUUCUGUAUGUAAUAUAUCCAUCAGUAGUUGGUCCAUUUAUUCUCACAUGCUUAUCUCAUUUAGUAUCUUUCUGUUCCUGAUAGUGUUUUUGAGAGCUUCAGAAUUCCGUUGUGAACUUUUUAUGUGCUUUUCAUCAGUGCUAUAGAACUACAAAGUGUAUUCGUUUCUGA